UUGCCAAGGACAGUGGGCCCAUUCCGAGGUUGGGGAAGGCAUUGCAACAAGUUCGCUCUCGGGAACAGAGUUCUCAAUUGCCCUCUGAAAAAAAAAAAUCUCUCAACGUUUUACUGGGAACAAUAAAUUGCGCAGGAAAAAAAUUUAAUUUAAAGAAAUAUACAGGAUUACCUCCACCACGGACAAAGUUACCAUCUCUAUGUGGAUUGUCGUUAAAUAAUAUUGUUUUGUUGUUUUUUUGUAUUCUUCUUUAAGUAAUUUUGUUCAUAUCGUCACGAUGCCUGAAGUGAAUAUUCCCGAGAUUAUCAAGAAGAAGAGGGACGGGGAAAAACUGAGCAACGAGGAGAUACGCAUGUUUGUGCGCUCUGUCACUGACCGCACUAUACAGGAAAGCCAGAUAGGUGCCAUGCUGAUGGCAAUAUGGCAAAAGGGCAUGACGCAUGAGGAGACCAUGGCUCUGACUCGGGAGAUGACCCACUCUGGACAGGUGCUUCAGUGGCCUGCCGAAUGGCGGAACCUAGUGGUGGACAAGCACUCUACUGGAGGUGUGGGAGACAAGGUUAGCCUGCCCUUGGUGCCUGCAUUGGCAGCCUGUGGCUGUAAGGUACCCAUGAUCAGUGGGCGAGGCCUAGCCCAUACUGGAGGAACUCUGGACAAGCUCGAGUCUCUCCCUGGUUUUAACAUUCACCAAACACCAGCACAGCUGCAGAGGAUAUUAGAUGAAGUUGGAUGCUGCAUUGUUGGGCAGACAGAAAACAUUGUGCCCGCUGACAAGGUGCUGUAUGCACUGAGAGAUGCCACCUCCACAGUUGACAGUCUGCCACUCAUUGCAGGUUCAAUUCUUUCAAAGAAAGCAGCUGAGUCAUUGUUUGCUCUGGUUCUUGAUGUGAAAUAUGGAAAAGCAGCACUCUAUAAGGAUAUUAACAGCGCCAGGUCAUUAGCACAGUUGCUGGUGACAGUGGGGAACACUCUGGGGAUUCACACAGGAGCUGUGCUAAGCAGGAUGGACAAUCCUAUUGGACGGUGCAUCGGAAACUCCCUGGAGGUGAUCGAGGCCUUUGAGUGCCUGAAAGGUCGAGGGCCACCUGACCUGAAAGAGCUUGUUGUGUGUCUGGGUGGGUAUCUGCUAUGGAUGGUUGGGAAGUCAGACACACUGGACUCUGGGAAGAAGACCAUUGCAAGGAAUCUGGAUAACGGAGAGGCUUUGCGAAUAUUCCAGGCUAUGCUGGUGGCCCAAGGUGUACCAUCUGAAACAGCUGCUUCUUUGUGCUCUGAAAACCAGGAUUACUUCCAGUUCAUCAGGAGGGCUCAGAAUCAAAUAGAGCUUGUGGUGGAGACCGAAGGUACAGUCACAGAAAUAAAUGCAAUGAUCCUGGCUGAAGUUGUACAUACCUUAGGAGCAGGACGAACAAAGGCUGGAGACCCAGUCAAUCACAGUGUUGGAGCGGAGCUGCUGGUGUCUGUGGGUCAGCAUGUAAAGAAAGGAGAUCCAUGGAUCAGAAUGCACUUUGAGACUCCAGUUCUGAGGGAGGAUCAGAAUGUCUAUCUGCAAAGUGCACUUGUCAUUGGCAGCAAAGCCCAAAUCGAUGACACACCUCUCAUUUCAGAGUUCAUUCUGCCUAAGUGAAUCACAACAACACCAAGACUGUGUAUUAAGAUAUUUCAUAUUUAAGGUCAGCACCUCACCAUCGGGGACUCAAACCCAGGCCUCCAGCAUCACUCAACAGGGACCCAGCCUCUUGAGCCAAAGGGAAAUCUCCC